GCGGCUGUGAGAUGGGCGACAUCCACAACUCCUGCAUUUGCACACACUUGCACUUUCACCACUUUCUUCCACAAAAAUUCACUUUAUUGUCUCUCUUCGUCGUCUCCUUCUUCUCGUCCUAAGUGGUGGUGGUGGUGAUGGUGGUGGUGAGGACAACAUAGGCAGCCAACCCUGUAUACCUCCCAUCAUAAUUCAGUCCAAGAGUGGAAGGAAAGUGAGUGCAAAAAAGAACCCUUCCUCACUCGUGUCCCCAAUGGAGCUGGAGAGAAGAAGUGCCCUCUUAUCACCUCCAACCCCAAGUGUCCCACCACUCUCUCGCGUGGCACCUUGGGCAAAAAAUUAAAGGAAAAUUAGCAUUCCACUCUCCCACGCACUUUCGUGACUUUUUUUCUCCUUCAGAAUGAUGGUGGUCGUUCAUAAUGUGACGUUUACCAAUUUCCAAUCCAAGUAUGUGGACUGGAUAGCUCUGCUCAGUGCUUCCCUCGCAUUCUGUGUUUAUCUGAAUACUCUCAACGCAGGAUUCGUGUAUGAUGACAGUCGUGCAAUACUUACCAACAAAGACGUUUUACAACAAGAGACGCCUUGGCAGGAGAUCUGGAAAGAUGAUUUUUGGGGGACACCAUUAUCUCACUCCGGGUCCCACAAGUCUUUCCGCCCCCUCACAAUCCUCUCCUUCCGAGUGAAUCGUUGCUUCUCAGGCUUCAAUCCAUGGUCUUAUCACCUCACCAACGUUCUCCUCCACUCCCUCGCAACCUGGCUUUUCGUACGGGUUGCCCGGGUCGUGUUCAGCUUGUCCGACCGCAGCAGUAGCAUCAACCUUCAUGCCCACGAUGACGACGGUCAUCACUCCUGGACGUCUAGUCAGAACAUGGCCCUCUUGGUGGCGUCUAUCCUCUUUGCGACGCAUCCCAUCCACACGGAAGCCGUUGCGGGGGUCGUGGGUCGUGCGGACGUGGCUGCCACUGCCUUUGCUCUUUCCUCCUUCCUCGUCUACACCUCCCAUGUUAAGAGUAGAAACAGGCACAAAACCUUCGCCACCACUCCCACCGUUUGUCAGUGCGGUGAGGUCACUGGUGGUGGUGGUUCAGCGCAGAGGAAGAAUGGAAGCAUGGGCAUAUCGAGUAGUUUGUCGUUUCUUCACUUUCCAACCCUGGCUUACUUCGUGAUAUCUAUUUUUCUCGCGGCAGUGGCAAUGUUGUGCAAGGAGACCGGGAUCAUGGUCAUCUUCAUAUGUGCAACUUAUGACAUUAUCCUCUCCCUGAUUCGCUAUCGUCGAAAUCAGGCCAAACAAAUAACUUUUCGAGAGUUGGACUGCAGUACAAGUGUUAUUCUGCUGGGUCUCUCAUUCGUGGCCUUGUUUAACUUAAGACUGAGCGUGAUGGGAGGAUUGUCUACGCCACAGUUCGCGAAAGCAGAUAACCCCACGGCUCACCAUCCCAGCGUGUGGGUGCGAAUCAUGACAUUUCUCUUCCUUCCAGUUUUUAACCUUUUCCUGCUCCUCUAUCCCCACCCUCUCAGCUAUGACUGGUCUAUGGAUGCAGUUUCCAGAAUAGAAAAACUCAGCGACCCCAGAAACUGUUUGACUCUUGUGUUUUACGUGUCACUCUUUCGCAGAAUUUACCAAAGUGCUCUCAAAAUUAAUGCUUCCCUCACACCAGAUAUAGAUUUUAAACCUAGUCCUAUAAAAAUCUCGUGCAAAAUAUGCCGAUUCAGUAUCGCGAAUCAAAAGUGCAGCAACAAUAAUUCAAUCGUAAUUCCAUGCCAGUUUGAAGACGGGCAGAAAAACGGCAGUGGUGGUGGUGGCGCCUCGAUAACCAAUGGUGGUCAUCACAUACAACAAGCGUCGCCUCAUCAGCACACCACCCUUUCGACGCCCAUCUCUAAGACGACUUUUAGAAAUGGGGUGAUUUUGGGGAGUCCAAAAAAUGGUGGACCAUCAUCAAGUGGUGGGAGAGGUUCCAGCCAGUCAGUCUCUCCACAAAGACAUACAACACACAAGAGUUGGUCAGGACCUGUGUGGCACUCCUCCUCAGGAUCACUGGAACAUGGAGCCUUGUUGCUACAAUUGGCAUUUUUGGUGCUCCCGUUUCUUCCCGCAUCCAAUAUAUUUUUGUACGUGGGUUUCGUAGUGGCAGAAAGAGUGUUGUACUUUCCCUCCGUGGGGUUUUGCAUCCUCGUGGGGCACGGGUUUUCCCAGUUGUACACCAGAAGCGAGCAUGUGAAAAGGGGAGGAUCCAUCCUCAAAGCUAUGCUCGUCUCUGCCUUUAUUGCCUCCGUGGUCAUGAUGUCACUCGGGACGAUAAGAAGAAACGAAGACUGGAAAGAUGAGGGGAGGUUAUAUCGAGCUGGAAUUGCUGUAAAUCCACCGAAAUCUUGGGGAAAUUUGGGAAAUGUUUUAAACAGUCAAGGCAGGGUUAUCGAAGCAGAGGAAGCUUAUCGUCAAGCACUUCGAUUCCGACCAAAUAUGGCAGAAGUGCAUUAUAACUUAGGGCUAGUUCUGGAACGCCAAGGAAAAGUAGAAGAUGCUCUGUCAUCAUAUCGCACUGCAAUCCACGUUCGUCAACAACUUGCCUCCGCCUAUGUCAACGCGGGACAACUAUUGACCAGACUUGGAAGAAUCAACCAAGCGAUGGACAUGUACCGAAAAUGCUUUAAUCUUCACGACGAAGGAGUGAAGGACCUGAGGACACACGUUGAAGCCAAAGUUUCUGCCUUGUUGCGAUUUGGGAAACUAUUGAUAGAAAUUGAGGAUGCUCCAAAAGCUGCGGUCAACGUGUAUCGUCAAGCAGUGAGGAUCAUGCCCUCAGAUUAUGAACAGAAACAGAGCGUUUACAAUGCAAUCGGAGAAGCGUUGUUUCGAAUUGGGGAAAUAACUGAGGCAGAAGGUUGGUUUUUGCAAGCGUUGAAAACUAAGCCGGAUCACGUCCCUGCUCAUUUGACAUAUGGGAAAAUGUUGGCCAGAAAUAAAACGAGACUUUUGGAAGCGGAAAGGUGGUUCAGGAGGGCAAAGAAAAUUGCCCCACAAGACUCAUCAGUUUAUCAUCAUUAUGGUCAAUUUCUAGCAGUGCAAGGUCGGCACGCGGAAGCAGCGACGGCUUACGUCACGGCGGCAACGUUGUCUCCAAAUGAUUACGAUAUCGUGGUUGGUGCUGCAAAUGCUCUACGACAGUCUGGCAAUAACAAAGAAGCCGAAGUGUACUACGAGAAAGCCGUUGCCCUUCGAUCACAGGAGGCUCGAGCUCACAUGAACCUCGGAGCAAUUCUUCACGUGAAUGGAAAGUACCACGAAGCCGAACAAAGUUACUUGAUGGCACUACGACUUAAACCCAGCGACGACGUUACAUUGUUAAACCUGAAAAAAUUACGGCAACUGCAAGCGAGACGGAAUCAAUAUGCAAUGUCGUGCAAAAAUAAUAAAAAUAAACAAACAUCACAAAAACCUCAACUCCAACACCAGCAGCAACAUCAACCACAUCGGAUAGAAAAAUCCUGAAAUAAUUGAGACGACCAAAAAUAUCCCGAAUUCAAAACAUUCCAUUUUUUAAAAAUCACUCCUUAUCAAUAAAUCGUAGCUCGAAGUUAAGUAAUAAUAGCCUACUGAAAUUGACCUCAGUCAAAUAUAUUCUGUGAGCGAUAAGUUUAGUGAUACACCAGGCACUAGGAAAUGAUGGUUGUUAAAAAUGACAAGUUUUAAUCACCUUUUAAAUAAUAAUGAUAGCUUUCUCCGCAUCAAUUCAACUGUCCAAUCCAGUAAUAACCUCGUCUCGGUAGCUUGUUGGUACAUAUACCCCCGAAAAUUAUACUUGGCCCGUUUUAACUAACUUGUUUUCAUCUUACAUAAUCCAUCAGUCAAUUUAAGGACUAUAUUUACCCGGCAGCAACAGCUUUUGACCCUGAUCUCUCAAGUAUUUCAUCGCUAUUGUUACUCUGCAAUAUUUACUUCGUCCCCCGUUCGUCUCCCCUUAAAACUUGUUGGAGAGUCAGCACUACCAGAUAAAUUGGGUGUAGAAAAGUUACCAAAAUUUAUUCAAUCAUGCACAAAACUGAAUAAAUUUAUGAAAACUUUCGGAAUUUGGAAAUUCACGGAAUUUGGUAGUGCUUGCUCGAUUGCAAACUAUGUGUGCCUGAUAGUUUAUGACAGAUUUUAGCCAUAACUGUAAUCGUAUUCUAAAAUGUGUGGUGUGGGUGAAGUGCAGCAUAAUAAUAUUGAAAUUUGAGCAUUAUUAUAUUCCACUCUGCAUUACUUCUGGAGUGAAAUGGUGGGUGGGAGGAGGUGGUUGUGUAUAAAAUUGGUUAAAAAUGCCUUGCCACAUACUUAGCACACCUCUACAAAAGUAAAGUAAGAAUUUAUCUGUCAUCCAUAACCAUAUCCAAUUCACUCUCGAUAAAUAAUUACUCUGAAUAGUGUUUGAGCCUUGCAUUGUACCGCUGCAAAUGUUGUAAUGUACGCAAGUGAACCAGAGAAAUUUUUACGGCACGAGAGAAAGGAAAAGAGCAGAAAGUGUAACGAAAUUGAUAUUGAUUGUGUCUCGUAGAAUUUUAUAUACUCAUUAAUUAAUUAAUUAUAGCUUAUUCCGUUGUUAUUCAUGUGUAUUGAAUAUGAUGUUUAAUAAAAGCUUUACACGUGA